UUUGUGAUAUUCGGACCUCGUAUUGAACUUUUUUAUUUUUUAUUUUUUUUCACCCCCAUUUCCCCAUCAGCACUGGACAUUAUUAACAUAUCAUACAUAAGGCUUCGCUUCGCAGCCGCGAUUUUUAGGAAAGCCCCUCUCUCUGUCUCUGAAAAUUAGGGUAUUUCUUCUCUUUCGCUCCAAAAAUUUCAAACGCCUCUCAGCUGCUAAGCAAAUCUUGAUUCCCCAGCUCCUUUUUCUCUAUCUAUCUUCUCAAUCAACUUAGGGUUUACAGAUCUAAAGAGUUACUUGCUUCAAGCUCGCCUCUUCAUAUAUACACAUAUAUACCCACACACAUAUAUUAAUUUAUAUAUAUAUAUUCAGUAUGUUUUGGAAACUCACAGCUCUAUCUGCGUCUUCACCUGUUGAGUCAGUAUUAGACAAGGAAAAUUUCACUUUGGAAGAGCUUCUGGACGAAGAGGAGAUAAUCCAAGAAUGCAAAUCUUUAAACAGUCGUCUCAUUAAUUUUUUGCGAGAUAGAACCCAGGUGGAGCAGUUAUUGCGGUAUAUAGUUGAAGAGCCUCCUGAGGAUGCUGAAAGCAAACGAACCUUCAAGUUUCCUUUCGUUGCUUGUGAGAUAUUUACAUGUGAAAUCGAUGUUAUCCUGAAGACUUUAGUGGAGGAAGAGGAGCUAAUGAAUUUACUUUUCUCCUUCUUGGAACCUAACCGUCCUCAUAGUGCAUUGUUGGCUGGGUAUUUUAGCAAGGUUGUUAUAUGCCUCAUGUUGCGGAAGACGGUCCCAUUAAUGAAUUAUGUUCAAGCCCAUCAAGAUGUUUUCCGCCAACUGGUUGAUUUGAUUGGUAUCACAUCAAUCAUGGAGGUUUUGAUUCGACUCGUGGGAGCUGAUGACCAUAUUUAUCCCAAUUCUAUAGAUGUGAUGCGGUGGUUGGCUGAUAGCAAUUUACUAGAAAUGAUUGUGGAUAAAUUGAGUCCAUUACAGAGUUCUCCUGAAGUUCAUGCUAAUGCGGCAGAAACUUUAUGCUCUAUAACUCGGAGUGCCCCAUCAACUCUCGCCACUAAACUUUCUAGCCCAAGUUUUGUGGCAAGGAUAUUUGAUCAUGGAUUAGAAGACUCGCAUUCAAGAUCAGGCCUUGUCCACUCGUUGUCAGUGUGUAUUUCUUUGUUGGAUCCAAAACGAUCAAUUACUUCUCCCUUGAUGCAUACUAUCCGAAGUCAACACAUGUAUGAGCCAACUAUACCUCUUAAUCCUGAGACAGUUAAUGCAAUGCUGCCCAAACUAGGUGACUUGUUGAUGCUAUUGAAUGUGUCAUCUGAUGAGAAAAGUUUGCCUACGACAUAUGGUGAACUGAGGCCUCCUCUUGGGAAACAUCGUUUAAAGAUUGUGGAGUUCAUUGCUGUGCUACUGAAAACUGGAAAUGAAGUUGGAGAGGAAGAGUUGGUCAGCUCGGGGACAAUACAAAGAGUCAUUGAUCUGUUCUUUGAGUACCCAUACAAUACUUCAUUGCAUCAUCAUGUGGAGAGUAUUGUAUUUUCAUGCAUGGAGAGCAAAAAUAGUACCAUUAUUGAUCAUCUUCUCAAAGAGUGUGAUUUAAUUGGAAAAGUUCUCCAAGCAGAUAAACAUCCCAUUCUCUCUGGUGAUCUCAAUCAGCCAACUUUACCUGCUACUGGAAGACGAGCACCAAGGUUGGGAAACCUUGGACACGUUACACGGAUCUCUAAUAAGCUUGUUCAGUUGGGAAACAACAAUAGCCACAUUCAGGCGUAUCUUAAGGAAAAUAAUGUGUGGAAUGAUUGGCAAACUACUGUUCUACAGGAGCGUAAUAUGAUAGAGAACAUCUACCGUUGGGCUUGCGGUCGUCCAACUGCAUUGCAAGAUAGGACAAGGGAUAGCGACGAGGAUGACCUUCAUGACAGAGAUUAUGAUGUAGCGGCUUUAGCAAAUAAUCUAAGCCAAGCAUUUAGAUACACCAUAUAUGACAAUGAGGAUGCUGAAGCGGGCCAUGGUGCUCUUGACCGAGAUGAUGAGGAUGUCUACUUUGAUGAUGAAUCUGCUGAAGUUGUAAUAUCAUCCCUGAGGCUAGGUGAUGACCAAGGGAGCAGUUUGUUCACAAAUUCCAAUUGGUUUGCUUUCCAAGACAACAAAAUUGGUGAUGUACCUAUGGGCACCUCACCCUCUGAGAUGAUGGAUGAUAUCAACUUAAAUGAACCAUCAAAUGGUGGUGGUAACAGCAGUAGCGACGAUGAGGUAGUAGUUGGGGAGGACGAGGAGUUGGCUGAAAGCAAAAAUUGUGCCAGUAAUACAAUCAGUCCCAACACAAACAUCCUGAAUGGAUUUAGUGGAAACCAUCCCACAAAUGGUGGAGACUUGAGCAAUCGGAAUGAGAUGGCAAGUGCUUCCGGUGAUAUGGGUUUUUUCCAAUUUGAGACAGACAACGAUGACCCAUUCGGGGACAGACCUUUACCUGAAUGGGUGGGUUGGGGAGAGACAUCGGAUUUUCAAGUUGGUGGAUCAAGCAUGAAUCCAUUUGUUGAUAAUGGCAACUCUAGCCUCAGUCUAACCAGUCCAGUUGAGGCAGUGACACCCCAUGCUAGUACUCCUUCAAGCGGGGAAUCUGCACCAAAUGGCACCUCUACUUCCAUGGAUUCUAGUGAUGGAUCGGUUGGAUCUGAUUUGGGUCAGAGAGCUGCGGCUGUGCCUUCUUUGUUCGAGGAGGAUGUUGAAUUUGUAGGGGUGGAACUGGAGGGGACUGAGAAAGCAAUGGAACAGGCUCUUAAGGAGGGAAUUGUUGGGGAAGCAGGACCAUUAAAAAGGAAUGUUAUUCCAAAGAUGCCGGAGAAAGAUAAUUCCGAUGAGGGUGGAGCGGGGAUGAAGGAAUUCAAUGAUGCGAAUUACUGGAGGGUUGAUCAAGAGGUUGCUGUUCUAGAGUAAUGGUGGAUUUAGUCCUACUGUUUGGGCUAUUUGAACCUAAAAGUUGGAUCCGACUGCCAGGUUCCCAUUUUCUUGGGGGUCAAUGGUUUCUGCUGCAGACGAAUGUACAGUGUAUUCUUGUUUCCAAUUUGGGGAUUGAAUGUUAGGUUAUGUUGUGGUUAAUACUGUCUAUUUAUUUUCUCUUAUUUUAUUUUUUUUUAUUUUUUUCCUUUCUAAAAAGUCAUUCAGGGUUAUAUUUUCUUGCCAUUAAUGAUUUUAUGGGUCAUCCCAUUUUCUUCAUAAUAUUAAAUUUUUAUAUCCGGAGGAAUUCUGGCAUAUUUCAAUA